GUCACUGCUGUGUGCACUCUGCAGCGUGCGGCCGUUCCUACUCGGUCACGUGCGCGUGUUCUUGCUUGCCAAAACCGUCGACGCGCGUAGGCCACCGGCGUCACAGAAAACUCGUGUCGUCGAGCAGCCACCAGGUCCUUGCUAGCCGCGAAGUCGCACGCACGCCAGCGCAGACUCGCCCCUUCUCGCCCCACAACAUGGCCGACCAGUUCGACGAAGCAACCCGGAAAGAGCUUGCCACUUUUGUCCAGACGGAGCAAGCACAGGCACACCUCACCUCGCAGGUCCAUAUGCUGACGAGCAUGUGCUGGGACAAGUGCAUCACGAGCAACCCGUCCAGCCGCUUCGGGCGCGGCGAGGAGGCCUGUCUCGCUAAUUGUGUCGAACGCUUCUUGGACACGAGCUUGUACAUGGUCAAGCAGAUACAAGAGCAACGGGACCGUUCGCAAUUGUCUCGGUAGAGCACGGUAUCCUGGGGAUGAUGCCAUUCGUCCUAUCACGGAGUGUCCGUAUGUGGCGGCACUCACGUAUGCCGUAAGCCUAGCUUUCUCUAGGCACACACUAGAUCCUGUAUGGUUCUGUGACAAUCGUAACAUGGUUGCAGGAGAAU